UACUCUAGGAACAACAAGCAUCAUGAAAUUCAUCAUCCUUUUCGCUGCCCUCUUCGCCGUGGCUUUGGCUGCUCCCCGCCCCGAUGUUGAAAUCGUCAAAUCAGACAGCGAUGUUGGUCCUGAAAAAUUCAACUUUGACUGGGAAACCUCCGACGGUUCCACUCACAAGGCUAACGGCGAUUUGAAGGAUGCCGGUUCCGAUCACGAAGCCAUUGUUGUUCAUGGAUCAUACUCCUGGACUGAUGAGAAGACUGGAGAAAAAUUCACCGUGACCUAUGUCGCUGAUGAAAAUGGUUUCCAACCCACCGGUGCUCAUUUGCCAGUUGCUUAAAUGAU